CACUGUCUCCCACGGCUUGUAAUGUACAUCGUUUCCGUCGUCCUGCAUAUGGGCGGAGAGAUAGGGUUUGGUUCGUCUUCCUUCCGAUCGAUCAACGCUUCGCCUUUUGCUUCGAUCCGUUGGAGAGGAUCCGAAGAGCGGCUCAUGCUGGAUCCAGGUACACCAGCAACGACAGUGAAGUCAUGUACGGACGAUGGCUUGCUUAGUAUGUGGACAAUCCUAAGAGCUUGUGUGUCAUCAGAAUUCUGUACUUGGGGCUCUAGGUAUGCUCAUUCUCCUUUCUCUUUCAUUCUUUUUCACGUACAUUGAUCUAUUAGCUUAAUAUAGGUUUUCAAAGUCAAUAAAUUAGUCAUUGUUUCUGUUUUUAGAUUGGUUAAAAAGCCACUAUAGAACUUGCAUCCAACUUUAGAUUGAACACAUCGCUCUGAGAAAUAUAUUAUAUGCCAACCCUUGUUCAACUUUUUGACAUGUAUUCAAGAGUGUGUGUGGACCUUGCGAUAUAUUUGGUGGUGAGCCUCCAUUGCAGCAAGCAGCAUGAAAACAAAAAACUGGAUUAUGAUUGAGAAAAGCUUGAUAUUGAUUAUGAUUGAGGCAACUAAAAAGUAGAAAACUAAAGCUAAUUUAUAUUCUCAGUAUUAUUCUUAUGGUUGAUUUUCAUGAAAACAGACUAGGGAUUUAAAUAUGAACCGAGAGCUGUAAAGAAUAUUAUGUUCCAGUAAGUUAUUGAUAUUGAUAUUUCUUACAUGGAUUAGCUGUCAAGGAACGUGUUCCAUCCUACACUGCUGGCUCAGCAUCAACCUUGUUGAAUCUGUAGAAACCAUGUACCAAAUUUUCAUGCAUGACUGUAAUAGGUGCAGUCAUACAUGACUAGAAGCAUGGUCCCAUUUACUAGUCCAUAGAGGCAUGGAUAUCAAAGAGACCGGAGAUGCUGAUUUGUUCAAGAGUUAUCUCCAAGACUAUGUCAAAACAAUCAGUGGCUGCCAUCACAUCAGCAUCUUCCUCCAUUUUCCUAGACACGAGCAAUCAAGCCAGGCCACAAGCAUGCGGGAGCAGCUGAGCUAUGCAUCAGCAGCUGCAUGCACAAACAUUCACCAGUGGCCGGACUUCCGAUCCUCUUUAUAUAGCAUUUCAUGUGUCACGUUGAAUCAGGUUAUAGGCAAACGCAGGUCACACCUGAACUCCUGUCUACCGCUAGUAAACUUGAACAAGGUUCCAAGUUCACGCAUGGCUUGGAAUAGAACAGGUGUUUAAAUAGGUGCUCGAGCACUCGCCUAGGUGCUUGAGUGAGGUGAGGCGAGGCCCGAGCGACGUGCUUCAAUGAAGCAUCACCUAGACGCUUGCCUGAACCUAGGUGCCAGGCAUCUUGGGUGAGCUCCCAAUUGAAAUCAUGCAAUCGUUCGGUUUAACAGUAGCUAAUUAGUUCAAUUGAACCAAUUAAGCUAUAUAAAGUUAUUUUACUUGUAAAACCCACCCCUUGUCGAUGAAUGAAUCCAAAGGUGUAGCUUUCGUGCAUAGUUCUUCUUGUCGUCAUUGCUUUUGUGUGCAACUUCUUCUACCAUUGAGAGGGAGGAUUGUAGCUUCUUUCGCUACUGACAGACACAUCUGAAGCUUUCCUCAUCAUCGAUGUUGUUGUUCGAAGCUUCCUUUGCUUUUGCUGUUGACAUACGUAGUUUUUUUCAUUGUCGGCAUCUAAAAAUUCCUCCAUCAUUGUCGUCUCUUCUUCCUUUUCAUCAUUGAUGACUCUUUUCUUCUCUCUGAUUACUGUUAAAAAUAGAUCAAAUAUUGUUAACAAUAGAUUGUUAAUUAUUUUUAUCAUAUAAUAAUUCAUAUUUAGAUUUUUAACAUUAUUAAUCUUUAUUUAUCAAUUAUAUUAUAACAUGAUUGAUGCACAUGACAAUUUUACGCUGUGCCUUGAUCGCUAAGAUGUCUCUUUGUAAUUUAAUGUAUAUCUUAGGAGGUGCUUAGGGGAAUAUGACAUUUGUGCUGUCAUUGACACGUCAUCCCCACCUAGUUGAUAUCUGGUUGGUACUUAAUCUCCAUUCGGUAGAUACCUCGAUCCUAUUUGCCAACAAGGAUAUUAACUCGACUUCAUGGGGUCCAUUGACAUUGUCUCGAGUUAAUAUGGUCAAUCAUGUAGUGUUGUUGAUAGAAAAUUGACUUGAUAUGUUGUUUGUAUCCUCAUGUUCGAUGUAUGAUUUAAUGGCAACAUGAUUGAGGAUAUGGCUUGUCCAAGUAUGUCUUAAUGUUUGUACUAACAUAAACACCAAAUAUGUCUUAAUGUAGUUUUUAUAUAACGUCAGACUAAAUCCUCAAUUCCCUGACA